AUGACGGAUGGACAAACCUGGCACUACAGCAGCUCUCUUGCCAGCUUGGAAAAAGUAAAUUGCUGCUACGAAUGGAGAAUCUGUCUUUUAAAAGAUGUGGUUUAUAAGCGGAGAAGGCACGAGGAAGACUCUGUGUCCUAAACUGAAGAGAUGCAGGUGUCUUUCAAGGAGUGCUUCGCUAUCUCCGUCUACAUCUUCACCUUUCUGCUGGGCCUUCCCGCCAACCUACUGGUCCUGUUUGUGUAUGUGCGCAAGGCCUGCAAGCGCGGCGCCACACCAAAUGUGGUCUACGCCCUGAACCUGUGCCUGGCCAACCUGGUGCUUGUGGUCUGGCUGCCCGUCAAGGCUAUGGAGACUUUGCUUCAGGACUGGAGGCUGCCAACAUCCAUCUGCCCCAUCUACAGCUUCUUCCUCUUCUCCUCGCUGUACGGCAGCUGUCUGUUCAUCACCGCUGUGACGGUGGGGCGCUACCUCAGCAUCGCAUUCCCAAUUAUCUACAAGAGAUACCGCCGUGCUCGACUCUCUUGCUUCAUCAGCGCUGCCUUGUGGGCCUUGGUGCUCUUUCACCUCAGUUUCGCCCUGGUGGCUGAAGGAGGGGCUCACUUUGUCUCCAAUGAGGGUGAAGCCUCAACCUGCUACAACCACUUCAACGACUCCCAGCUGGCUGUUCUGCUGCCUCUACGUCUGGAGAUGGCCAUGGUCUUGUUUGUUUUGCCUCUGAUUGUGACGUCCUUUUGCACGCUGCGCUGCGUUACCCUGGUGUGGCACUCAAAUUUGCGCCCUAUGGGAAAGAGAAGAGUCCUGACUGUUGCGCUCACCACGCUGGCUGUGUUUGUGGUGUGCAAUGCACCCUACAAUGCCUCGCACAUUGUGGGGUUUGUGUUGAAAGACAACAUCAAGUGGAGGACGUACGCUAUGCUGACGAGCUCCUUCAAUGUUUUCCUGGAGCCUGUGGUGAUGCUGAUGCUGUCGCCGGCAGUGUCGAGGGGAAUCAUGGGAAGAAUCUGUGGACGGCAAAGCCAGUUCAGCCGGACUGAGGGGUUGCGGCAUCAAUGUAAAAGCGCUAACGGUGUUGCAAAUGUCAGGGUACCGCCUACGCUAUCGCAGAAGAGCCAGGCUGAGGCUGAGGUGACUAAAGAAAGUCAGGAGUGAGAUCACAGUGGGUGGAGAGUAAUCGUGACAAAUCCAAAAGGAGAAAAAGAACAGAAACAUUCAUGGACAGCUUCAUAGAAGCUGUUUGAGUGUGCC